AUGGGGAGGGGGUGGGAAGGGGAUGUGGGGGUCACCGGGGUGACUCGGACCCCCGGCACCCCCCAGCUCCCGUACCUCAUCGACGGCUCCACCAAGCUGACCCAGAGCAACGCCAUCCUGCGCUACAUCGCCCGCAAGCACAACAUGUGUGGCGAGACGGAGGAGGAGAAGCAGCGCAUAGACCUGCUGGAAAACCAGCUCAUGGAUUUGAGGAUGAACUUUGCCCGGAUCUGCUACAGCCCUGACUUUGAGAAGCUGAAGCCGGCCUACCUGGAGCAGCUGCCCAAGAAGCUGCAGGAGCUGUCUCGGUUCCUGGGCUCCCGGCCCUGGUUUGCGGGGCAGAAGAUCACCUACGUGGACUUCCUGGCGUACGACGUGCUGGACCAGCAGCGCAUGUUCGUGCCCGAGUGUCCCGAGCUGAAGGGAAACCUGGCCCAGUUCCUGCAGCGCUUCGAGGCCCUGGACAAGGUCUCUGCCUACAUGCGCUCGGGGCGCUUCAUGAAAACCCCGAUUUUCUGGCGCACGGCCAAGUGGUGCAACAGCAAGGAGUGAGGGGCUGCCCCCCCGUGCCCCCCAGAACUCCCCAAUAAAGCGUGGGGGGCUCCCCCGUUGUCCAGC